GACAACUAAAUAAAAAGAAAUUUUGUUGUGUUGAACUUUGUAGCUUUGAAAUAAUUUAAAAUGACAGUCCAGCAGAUUAACUCGAAUAUUUCUGACGACUCAGAUGAUAUGGUUAGUUUACCUUCCGAGGAGGAUAUUUGCAGACGAAAAUAUCAGUUAUUGUUAGAGCGAUGUGAGGUACUGCAACAGGAUAACGAAAGAAUUGUAAAUAGGAUACAUGAAGUUAAAAGAAUAACAAAACGAUAUAAGAAAGAUAUAAAACUUCUGGUUGAAAGACUGGAUAAACAUGGUGAUCCGUUCAGAAUAACAGCUGUGGAGGUUGAUGUUAAGCCAGAGGUGACAUCGCGGGUCGCUCGUCCUGUAACCAAAUCUCAACCGAUGCCAAGAAAUGCUGAAAAGCAAAACGCUACAGGAGGCAAGAAAACAGGAACAAAAAGAAAAAGUAAAGCAGAUAAGCCUGAAAGAGAUCCAAAUGCUCCGAAAAAACCCUGCAAUGCUUUCUUCCAAUUUUGUCAAGAACAGAGACCUUUAGUUGUAGCUGAAACUGCUACAGAAAUGGGAUCAGAGCCUUCAAAACAGGAAAUAACGAGGCAAUUAGCUUCAAGAUGGAGAAACCUGACUCAUGAUGAAAAGAGAGUAUAUGUGGCUAUGUUUGAGAGAUCGAAAGAGAAAUAUGUAGAAGAAAUGUCAGCCUACAUAAAGAAGGAACAAUGACAUUGGUACCAACAUUACUCAGUUAUUCUCUUGUGAUAGUCAGCUUUAAGUUAUAUUAAACCAUUUAAUAUUUACUA